GCUUUCGAAAACGAAAUUUCUCAAAUGAAAUUUCUAUGCGAAUUAAAUUUAACGUUAAGCAUGAAUUUGACGCGGUUAAUGUACUGUGUAAUAAAGUCAAUUUGGUUUUAAAGUUCAUGUUGCAAAUGUAGAAUUUGUGAAUUAAUAUUUAAUAGUUUGUUAUAAUUAUUUCCUAUGUAAACUGGUAAAAGAGUUAGACUUAUAUAUUUUUAAAGUGCUUUUCCAGUGAUGAAUCGUACAAUGGAUGAAAAGGAAGAGUUGGUCAAAAAGUCUUUAUUUAGUUUUGUGAGAAAAGAGGUACCAACUGCCCAAUUAAGCUUAAUAGAUGACAUUGUCCUGAGCUAUGUGGUGAGCAUGGUAGAAGAAAGUGCACUUGAGGAAGACUUGGACGUUGAUGGAUUAUGUGAAAUGGUUUCUGCUUGUCUUCCUGAGUUUUCUACUAUUGAAAAAGAAGCAGUGUCCAAGUGGUUAUUAGAUGUUGAAAGUAAACUACGGCAAGAAAGCAAAGGGAAUGAAAAUUGCCAACCUCAAGAUCCCUUGAGUCAUAUUAGUUUAACAGCUCUGUUACCUCCUGGUACACAGAGAAUGAGAGUUCAUCAUCUCUCAGAAACUAGUGAUGCUGGAAGUGAUUCUAGUGGAGAAUAUUUUUCAGAAGAAUCAUCUUGGCAUCAAGUAGCACUUUUACAAGAAAUGUUCCCAGCUGCAAGUCCAGCAGAAGCCAGACAUUGCUUGGCAGUUGCUGGUGGUGAUAUAGCAAAGGCAGCACAACUUGCACUUCAUAGACAAGAAGCAGGGCAAAGUAUUGUUAGUAAUCUUACUUUUCUAACACCAAACGGUCGUAACAAGGCCAGAGUGAACGACGAGGAAUUGAAAUCACGUAUCAUUGCACGGUAUAGUUAUGUUGAUAGAGACGACGACUCACGUGAGCAUCGUCCAGUCGCACCGAAAACAGAACCAAAAAAAUUAGUACGUUACUUAGAUAAUAAGAUCGUAAGUGUGAAGGGUGAACGAUACACUGAAGUAAGAAGGGGUGGCGAAGAGGAGGAUGGCAACGAAGGUGGUAGAAAAAGAGGUCAUUGCCGACCGUAACCAGUCCCUUUGCCUCCACCCCCCGAUCCACCCCCUUGGAGGCAUCUGAUUUCGAAUUAAAGCUUUCGCUUAGAUUCUCUUGUCUUGCUUAUAAAGGAAUACGGACAGGGUCUUGAAUUUCUAUAUACUUGCAGCACUAUCUAUUUUGUACCUCUCUUUUUUAGUUGAAUUUGUUUUAUCCACAAUGACUUUUAUUGAUUUUAGAAUUAUUUUUAUGCGUGAUAUUAUAAUCAUUGUGAUCUGUCGCAAAAGUCUGGGAGCAUUUUAAAAAACCGCAAAUAACUUGCCGUUCAUAGUGUGGACUAAUGAAAAUUUCUCCAUAACGGUACAUCGCUAAUGUUAUUAAUUAUUAUUAUUACGUCGCAGUUUAAGUACCUGUUAACGUAUAAUUAACUUACGUUUGAAACUUUUUAUUUUUUACCGAAAUAACUUUAUAUAAUGGUCACAAAAUAAAUUUAUGAUUUUUAGUUUAGAGAAACUUUUAUGACAGCGAACUUAUAGGUAAAUGUUAAAAUACAAGACGUAAUUUCAUAAUGUUUUGUUGUUUUUCAACAAUUUUUUUAGAUUUUAAAUCUGCUGUAAUUACAGAAUUUUAUUUAUGAAUAUAUGAUUACACUAUAAGUUCGUUUACUAAACUUAUAAUUCAAUUUCUGCGAUACAAUGUCGAUAAUUUUACUUAUUAUUUUCAAACGCAUACACUCCUUUACUAUUAAAAUAAUAUACACAUUUUAUUUAUUAAACGUGUUAUGUGUCCUAUGCUCUUCAGUGAAUAUUGAACCAUUGUUAUAUUAACUAUUAUUAUUAAGACUAUGAUACGUGCUGAUAUAUCUUGGAAUAUAUUACAAUUAUAUAUUUUAUAAUGUUAAGUAAUAAGAUUAGUUCAGUUGAUUGUUUCUAAACGUUACUGAAUUUGAGUAAAAUCUCUGUCUCUGUCUCUGUCUGUCUCUCUCUCUCUCUCUCUCUCUCUCUUAGACUCGUACUAUGUAUGUAAUGAAAAGUACGUAAGAACGAUAAAAUGAUAAGUGGUAUAUCUUUGCAAGGAGUUCGGUUUCUUGCAAAAACACUAAAAAUAAAAUGAUAUAUAACAAAAAAAAGUUUAGGAAUUUUUAUGUGCACACUUACUUGGAAAAAACCGAAAAAAUUCCAAAUAAAUAAUUAUUCUAAGCAUGCAUAGUUAUAAUUAUUAUCUACAAAUAUAAUCGAAAUUCACCAAAAGUUUAAUACAAUAUUAAUUGUAAAAAGAAAAAAUAUCGUGCAAGUGAAUACUGCGUGCGUACUGAAUCUCUUGGUAUCGCAGAAAAAAAAUUAUAAUCAAGUUGUAGAUUUCGGAUAAUAAAUUGUAGUAUAUGUAUUAGGUAGGAAGAAAUAUAUAUAUAGUAUAUAUAUACAUACACACAAAUAUAUAUACAUAUAUAUGUAUGUAUUAUACAUAGAUAUAUAUUUAUAUAUAUAUAAACAGAUAUUAUAUAUACAUACAUGUAAUAGAUACGUAAGCGGGAUGAAAAAAUUGCUUACCGCGCCAUAUAAUUUACCAGUAUUACUAUUGUUAUUGCUAUUAUUGCAAAUUUCAAAGUGUAGAUGGAUAUAAUCCUUUAAAUCUUAGGAUAUUAAUAAAGUCGAGUGAUUACUUGCAAUAAUAUAUGUAUACUAGGAAGCGAAGUUUAGUAAUGAAUUCAUAGAGACACCAACUUUUGACGAUCGUAUAUCGUGAUUUGACACAACAAGAAGUGUAAUUGAUCAGAAAUAUAAAUUUACAUUUUCAUAUUUUUUAAUUGGACCCAUUGAUACAUUGUUUAAGGAGUCACUGGUGUCGUUAAAUUUUAUUUAUUACAUUUAUUAAUUCAUUCUAUUAACUGCGUGUCUUUCUUAUUAAUGUAUUUGUUUAUAAAACUCUUGUUUUAAUUAUUUGAUAAUUUUAAUAAAAUAAUUUUAAUAAAAAGAAAAGAAGAAAACUAUAUAUAUACAUAUAUAUGUAGUUUUAACUUAUAUAUAUAUAUAUAUAUAUUACUAUUAUAUAUAUAUAAGUAUAUUGAAAAAACUUGAGCCGCUCCUUGCCAUAGGUGAUUUAUAAUAACGCUACAGAGGAGUCAUAUUAUUUCUAAUAAUUGUAAUUACCGAAUGAUGAACAUAUAUUCAUUGUAAACUAAAUAUACUCUACUGCCGAUUAAUUUCAGACAGAACAAUGUUGCUGUAAGAUUUCCGAAAGUAUGUGUAAUAGAAUAAGAUAGCAAUAUAUUAAAAAAAUUAUUAAAAACAGAAAAAAAUAAAAAAAUAUAAAGAAAAGUGACAAAAAUAAAAAGAAUAGGAUAAGAUGAGCAAUUACUAUAAACUGGGACAUUUCAGUUUCUUGCGAAUUUUGCUGUAUUCCCUUCAAUGUAACAUAUGAGUAUUUUUAAUUAGCAAUAUUGAUUACAUGUAAUCUGUUAUUAUGAAUGUGCAAUUAAGAUCGUAUAUAAAAAUUAGGAUUUAUUCAUACGUUUAUACGAAAUUGUUUGCUUAUAAAUGAUCAUUAUUGUUUAAAACAAUAA